AUGCCUCCACCGCGGAUAGCAUGCGGGUGUGGAUGGAAGGCGCCGUCGCUGUUGAUCCUCUUAGUUACAACUGGCAGGGCAGUUCGUGACGAGUCCUUCAGCACGAACAUCGAUGUCGACAAAUCGGGCGGAAGUGCCAAGAAUAGUGCAUGGACAAACUCGAGCCUGCUUGCGACGUCUCACACCAAAUCCGCUGCUGAACAGGUCCCUGGCGGGGCCCUUGCCGUUUCAGUCGCCGAACAAGCCCUUGUGAAGGCCGUUGAGGUCCAGGCCCGGAUGAGAGCCCAAGCAAUGGUCUGCGCCGAUCACAUCGUGGUGCCCCCAGGCCCUAUCGAGCUGAAACCGGACUGGCUAUACGGUGUUGGUUGCGCCUUGGAUCACGGGCACAUGUGCCGGUGUCCCUGGAGGGUGUUCUUCGGAUGCCAGAGGACAGGUAUGUUUGGCUUGCCUGGGGGAGUCACAACAGACAUCGUUCAAAAAAUGGGCUUCUGUCGCAUAGAACCCUGGAUCUUUAUCAUCCCUCCUGUUUUGCUUAUCGGCGCUGCCAUCGUCUUCAUGCCAUCUUCUUCGAGAUCCUCUUCGACCGGCGAGGACCCUUCGCAACCGAGGUGGAUGAAGGGAGUGGACGACGAAGUGAAGGAGAGCAAACGCCGCAGCAAGUCCGAGACGAGCGAGGAUGAUGAAUCUCCGGGGACGGGAUCUGGCACCCAAGUUGAAGGGGAGAUCGACAUGACUCCGGCGGAGGCAUUCAUCAGCUUCCUUGGUAUGACCUUGGUGCAGAUCGCAAUCGGAGUCGUUCUCAUCACCAUCCUGGACAGGCGCCAGUGUCCCGUUCUGAGCGAGACAGGUCGGGGGCAGCUGCCACCAGAGACCAGUGCCCCGGACACGCUGCUGGAAGUCAAAGGCCUGGUGCACAGUUACGGCUGGCUUCCGUCGAGAUAG